GCUUGAAAUGUGAAUAUAUAUUGGAACAAAUAUGGAGAGUAAUUUAACAAGAACCACAAAAUUAUUAAGCAAACCUGAAAAUUGCAAGACACACUGUAUAUAUAUAAACGUAUACACGUUCACUGGAAUAUGAUGAAAAGCAUGGGCGCAAAGACAAUGCCAGAAGAGAACGGAGAAACGCGUGCAAGUCGCGGUGGUUCAAACAAAUGCGAAUCGCGAAUAUGCGCGUGCUAAUAUUGAUGUUACACACACAAACACACGAGGGAUCUCGGUAUCUUAUAUGGGGAGUAUCGUCGAGGAAGCAAUCGAUCGAGGGUGUUGCUGGUUCCGGAGGCGGUUGACCGUAGUUUCCGGUUGGCGACGCUCGAUCCAACGAAGGCACGACACGGAGAGGUCUCUGAUGCGAAAUGUGACACACGGUGAUGGGGAAAAAAUGGCAGUGCUCGACAUAAGAUUCACGAGGAAUCAGAGGAAACUUCUUCAUCGUUACGUCGUGCUCGCAAUCUUGGCGAGCCUCCUUAUCGGCCUCGCUCUGUUUUUAAUGGGGCUGUUCGUCUCGCUCGCGAUCAGUGCGAAAUUACAAUUGCAGGAGAGGAAUCUGUUCGAGCUGGUGUUUUACACCUUGAUGUUGUACGGCCUAUACGUGUUCUUUCACAAUCUGAUGGGCAUGAAGCUCUGCUACAAUUACUUCCAUUACGCCGAAGGGCCGUGGAUGAAUCUGAGACUGUUCGUGUGGACUUUGGUAGGGCUGCUCGUGGUCCUCGUGGGAUGCUUCAUGGCCAGCAAAUCGUUCUCCACCGCUGAUUAUUUGACGGUACAGCUACGGGCUACUCUCCUCGAGGGUAUGAAGAAGUACUUCACGGACAUCUCGUGGAAGCGUAGGAUAGACAGCAUUCAGGUGGGUAUGCAGUGUUGCGGGAUAGAUUCAUCCGACGAUUGGCACAAGACGUAUUGGCUUCAACGAGAAUUUCUUGUAGUCGACUCGCCGGAUAUCUUGAAGUACGCGAAGUUGGACGGUAGCGUGACGCCGCCUGUGGUGCCUUGGAGUUGCUGUCGAAUCGACGUGAAGGGCCCCUGCUUUCACGAUCCCCUUCAACUCCCGAAUCCAGAGCAGAAUUCCUCUUACGAGAGCCUCAACCCUCGGGGCUGUCUCGCCCCUAUGAAGAUUAUGCUAAACGGGACCCUCUACUCCGCCGCCGUGAUGAUCGCGUUUCUGUUCGUGUUUCAGAUGACAGUGGGCGUGUUGUCGAGGUUCGACUUCACGGCGGCGAGGAACGCGGUGGCGCUGGGCGACCGGUGGUCAGGCUCGCCCGGUUGGCUCUUUGGCCGCCUGGAUUUCGGCUUAGCCCGUGGACCUAACCUCUGCCAGAUCGAUCGGAAAUACAGUGGACAAGGGGACUCGAUGAUCGAUCUUCGCCCGCUCGUAUAUUCCAGCGACUCGAAUUGAGACCAGCGUCGAAAGAGGAUCAACGAACACGCGUCGUAUUUCCACGCGUCGAGGAGCAAAAAUUCAUUCCUUCGACGCAAAUCGUCGUAAGAAUCGUCGAAACGAUCCUUUCUCGAGGCUUUUAUCGAAAUGAGAAACACAGGAGAAGGGAAGAGAGGGGGACGUUAGAUUUAACGAACGCUCGAUUAAUCGAUCAUCGAUUACGAUACAUCGUCCCCUGCGGACGACAAACAAGCCGCCCUCCUCCGUGGAAAAGGGGGAUGGGGGUGGAUAGGAUAAGGGGACGUCCGUCGCCAGAAGAUCGGACGAUAGCUUUCACCAUGAUUAUCCGAGGAAUCGGUUAAUCGAGUCGCGCCGCUAAAUCGCUCGUUUCCACGUUUGUUGUCGAGGAGGAGGAAGAGGAGAAGGAUGGAUUCCGAACAAAAGGAGGAAGGAUCGUGUUGUUGGAGAGGAAAAAGGAAAGGGGAACUGGACGAUGAUAAAGAAGAAACGAGGAGGAUUCGAUCCUCGUGUUUCGUCCGAGGGUACAGUAUUGGAUGCUGGGGAACAGGUGUAAUUACAAUCGGAGUGGAAUAGGAGUGGAUGAAGAUGGUGAAUUUUUUUUUUUUUUUUUUUUAUAUAUAAAUAGUCUGUUGAUGGGGGAGUUGCAAAGAUUUCGUGAUUAUCCAUUCCCCCUCUCUCUGUCUGUGAAUUUAUUUCUUUCGUAACGGAAAUAGAGGAGAGGAAAUAUAAAGUUUAGUUUCGUUUCGAUAUUUUUUUUUCUGAUCGAAAUUUAUAUUUGUUAAUAAUUUCUAAUUUAGGAGUGGAUGAAGAUGGUGGAUUUUUUUUUAAAGAAAUAUAAAUAGUCUGUUGAUGGGGGAAAAAAAGUUGCAAAGAUUUUUUGAUGCCUCCCUCUCCCUGUCUGUGAAUUCAUUUCUUUCGUAACGAAAAUAGAGGAAAUAUAAAGUUUAGUUUCGUUUCGAUAUUUUUUUUUCUGAUCGAAAUUUAUAUUUGUUAAUAAUUUCUAAUUUAGAAGUGGAUGAAGAUGGUGAAUUUUUUUUUUUAAAUAUAAAUAGUCUGUUGAUG